CCCAGCCGGAAGCCUGCAUGGUUCGUCCAGCAGCCGCGCGCCGCCGACCCGAACUAUAGGAUCAUGUGGUACAUCAGCACUCGGGGGAUGUCGCCGCGGGUCGACUUUGAGGGGGCCCUCUUCUCUGGCUAUGCACCAGACGGGGGGCUCUUCAUGCCUGAGGAGGUGCCCCAGCUGGGCAGGGAAACCCUGCUGGAGUGGAGCACGUUCUCCUACCCCCGCCUGGUGAAGGAGGUGAGCGCGCUCUUCAUCGGCCCCACGCUCAUUCCGAGAGAUGACUUAAACGAUCUGAUUGACCGAGCCUUCAGCAGAUUCCAGCACAGAGAUGUGGUCCAUCUGGCCAGGCUGAAGGACGGGCUAAAUGUGCUGGAGUUGUGGCAUGGCGUGACGUAUGCGUUUAAGGACCUGUCCCUCAGCUGCACAGCUCAGUUCCUGCAGUACUUCCUGGAGAAGAGGAAGAAGCACAUCACUGUGGUUGUAGGAACUUCUGGGGACACAGGGAGUGCAGCCAUUGAGAGCGUGCAGGGAUCAAAGAAUGUGGACAUCAUUGUAUUGCUGCCCAAGGGUCACUGCACGAAGAUUCAGGAGCUCCAGAUGACAACGGUGCUGAGUGAGAACGUCCAUGUGUUCGGAGUGGAGGGAAACAGUGAUGAGCUGGAUGAGCCCAUCAAGGCUGUGUUUGCUGAUGUGCCUUUUGUCAAGAAGCACAACCUCAUGAGUCUGAAUUCCAUCAACUGGUCCCGCAUCCUGGUGCAAAUGGCCCACUUUUUCUUUGCUUACUUCCGAUGUGCGCCAUCCUUACAUACUCAGUCCCUGCCACUUGUGGAGGUGGUUGUGCCAACAGGGGCGGCUGGCAACCUUACAGCUGGGUGCAUUGCUCAGAAGAUGGGCCUACCUGUUCACCUAGUUGCGGCAGUGAAUGGCAAUGACAUCAUCCACAGAACAGUCCAGCAGGGAGACUUCUCUCUGUCCAAGGAUGUCAAACCAACCUUGGCAUCAGCUAUGGACAUUCAGGUACCUUACAACAUGGAGAGGAUCUUCUGGCUACUGUCCAACUCUGAUAGCCAGAUGACCAGAACCCUCAUGGAACAGUUUGAAAGAACCCACAGCCUGAGUCUACCCCAGGAGCUUCACGACAAACUUUCAGGGGCGGUCACGUCUGUGUCGGUGUUGGAUGAGACCAUCCUUCAGACCAUGGAGCGCUGCUGGGAGGAGAACAGGUACUUCCUGUGCCCUCACACAGCAGUGGCUGUGAGCUUCCACUACCAGAAGAUGGACAGGCCCAGUGGCCCCCGAUGCUGCCUGGCCCCUGCCUCGGCCGCCAAGUUCCCAGAAGCCGUGCUGGCAGCGGGCCUGACCCCGGAGACCCCCGCGGAGAUCCUGGCCCUGCAGAGCCGCGAGACGCGCUGCACCCCGAUGCAGAAGGGAGACGACUGGACACGCAUACUCCGCAGCACCAUCCAGGGCAUCAGCUGCCGCCGGGGGUCGCCUUCCUGA